CAAUAAUGAGUCAGGAGGAGAUAUGGGCUAAGUAAGAGGAAAUGAAUUUAUAAGUUGAUGAGGGUGAGUAAAGAAGGAAGAAUAAAAAAAGAGUAAUUACAAAUCCCAAUUAAUUAACAGGACAUUGGAGUGAAUAGGAACAUAACACAUAUUUAGAGUUCUUGAAUAUGCAUAGAACAGUCAUGGAAUCAUAAGAUUAAAAGAAAACUAGCAAGAUCUUCAAAUUGAUGAGUGAAACAAUUGGUACUCGAAGUCCUUCUCAAUGCCGGUGAGAUAAGUUUUUUCCCUAUCUUAUAGGUCUCAUCACCAGAAGUUUAACCCUUUUGUACAUUCUGUAAAGAAGAGAUAGAAGGGAGUGGGUCGAAAGCGAAAGGAGAACGGAAACUAGGAUAAAGUAGACAAAUAUAAUGAGAAUGGUAUGUUGUAGUA